AUGUUUGUUAAGCGGGAAGGUGUUUUCUAUGGUCAAUGUAGCGAACUUUGUGGAGAUAAUCAUGGUUUUAUGCCCAUCGUAGUUCAAGCGGUUAGUCAAGAUGGAUCGGGUACUGUAUGUACAGCAAUAGGUUGCACCUAUUUGAUGCCUGUCGCACCGAACUGCUAG